CUGAGUUUUGUCUGAUUUGCCUAUAUAUUAGUUUUUAUUCUGUCAAAGAUUUAGAUCGUACUGGUCACAAUGAAGAUGCUUUUUAUCAUGUUUCUCUUGGGAAUACACAACGUCGCAGCAGUGACUCACUCUCUGAAGUAUUUCUGCACUGCGUCCUCUCAAGUCCCAAACUUCCCAGAGUUUGUGACUGUUGGUUUGGUUGAUGAAGUUCAGAUUAGUUACUAUGACAGCAACACCGGGAAAGCAGAGACCAAACAGGACUGGAUGGAGAAAGUCACAGAGGAUGAUCCACAGUACUGGGAGAGGGAGAUUGGGAACUGUGUGGCUGCCCAGCAGGUCUACAAAGUCAACAUUGAAACUGCAAAGAAGCGCUUCAACCAAACUGGAGGUGUACACAUUGCCCAGGUAAUGUAUGGCUGUGAAUGGGAUGAUGAGACUGGAGAGGUUAAAGGUUAUUUUCAAGAUGGUUAUGAUGGCGAAGACUUCAUAUCAUUGGACCUGGAGACACAGACAUGGAUCGCUCCAGUACAACAGGCUGUCAUCACCAAACAGAAGUGGGACAGUAACAAAGCCAGGAUCACACAGUUGAAGAACUACCUCACCCAGAUUUGUCCUGAGUGGGUGAACAAGUAUUUGAAGUAUGGGAGGAGCUCUCUGCUGAGAACAGAGCGUCCCUCAGUGUCUGUCCUCCAGAAGACUCCCUCCUCUCCACUCAGCUGCCACGCUACAGGUUUCUACCCUGACAGAGCCGUGAUGUUCUGGAGGAAAGAUGGAGAGGAGCUUCAUGAGGACGUGGAGCACGGAGAGAUCCUCCCCAACCAUGAUGGAACCUUCCAGAUGAGUGUGGACCUGAAACUUCCAUCACCUGAAGACUGGGGGAGGUAUGAAUGUGUGUUUCAGCUCUCAGGUGUGAAGGAGGACAUCGUCACCAAACUGGACACAAGAGCAGUUAGGACUAACUUGAGCAGAGGGUUCCCCACUGCUGCUGUCACUAGACUCAUUGUAGGACUGCUGCUCCUCCUGGCAGCCAGUAUCGCUGGAUUCUUCAUCUGGAAGAACUUUAGAGAAAAAAAUAAUGGGUUUAAACCUGUUAACAGAGGCCGGUGAAGAUCAGGGGACAAC